AUGUCCUAUGAUCGAUACUUGGCCAUAUGUAAGCCCUUACACUAUAUAUCAAUUAUGAAUCUUAGACUUACAAAUUACCUGGUAUUAUUAUCUUGGAUAGUGGCUUUUCUGCAGUCAGCAGUUACGUACAUGUAUAUCAUUCAACUGAAGUUUUGUGGUCCUAACAUUAUUAAUCAUUUUUUCUGUGAUCUUGCUCCAGUUCUUGAACUGUCCUGCUCUGAUACAUCAGUUGCGCAAAUUGAAAUUUCUAUAUUUGUCAUUAUUGGAGGUCUCUCUCAAAUUUCCUUCAUCAUUUUUACCUAUGUCUCUAUUUUAAUUUCCAUUCUCGGGAUCUCCUCCAGCACUGGGAGACAGAAAGCCUUUUCUACUUGCAGUUCCCAUCUUGCUGUUGUAUGUACAUAUUAUGGGACAAUGAUUACUCUGUACGCAGCUCCAUCUAGAGGAUACUCAUCUAAUUUGAACAAGAUCUUGUCUUUACUAAACACAAUGAUAACUCCUUUAUUCAAUCCAAUGAUAUACAGUCUGAAGAACAAUGAGAUCAAUACAUUAGUUAUCACUGUUUUCCUUAGGAAAAGGGCAUGCUAG